AUGGAUCGGACCUUUUUAGGGCUCAAAGCAUUUCCGUAUCCGCCACGCUUUGUCAUGGCGGAGCCAUCCCGCGAUCCAGCCGCCUACGAGGCCCCAAGCUCGAAAGGCUCCAGCUUCCUGGGUUCCGCAAAUGUGGAUGUGAGGUUGCCUGAGGACCAAUGGAUGGCGAAGUUGCGGGCAAAUGUGUACAAGGUGUUGCGCAAGAAGGCGACAGAGCCUGGGCAUCGCAUAAAGUUCCCUGAAGGCUUUGACGACCACAAAGAGGAGGGCGUUUACCUUUGUGCCGGCUGCCAUGCUGCUGGGCAACAGGUGCCUUUGUACACCUCGAAGAUGAAGUUCGAGUGCGGCUGCGGUUGGCCUGGCUUUUGGACAAAUGUCAAGGAUGCUGUCUACGAGCAGAGAGAUGCCGAUGGUCGAAGGUGCGAGAUCCUGUGCUCCAAGUGCAAUGGCCACCUGGGCCAUGUCUUCCGUGGAGAGGUCGCCUGGGGAGAGCUGUGCGAGUCGGGUCUGCUGGAGCUGCUCACACGGCUACUGGUGCCCAGCUUCUCUGAGGAUGAUGUGGUUUUGGAGUGUGUGCUACUGAUCGGCAACCUUGCGAGCAGUCGCGAUUCGGUGCAGCACGUCGCCGAGUCACGUUUGCCGACGAUGAUGCAGGACUUGCUGGUUGAAAAGCGGGAAGACGAGGAGAUUGUUGUGCAGCUUCUUUUCGCCUUCCAGUGCUUGGUCUCCCAUGAUGAGGUGCGGGAGUUUGUUCUCCAAGAGACGGAACUUGCACCAGCCAUCAUGAGGUUUGCCCGGGCGCGGAAUCCUCUCGUCUUGGAGUAUACCACUGCAUUGUUACAGAUCGUUGCUGUGGCUAGCGACAACCAGACCACAGAGGAGGGAGUGCCUGACUGGGUGGCCCAAAUCAAGGGUUUCCGCUUUGAACAGCACAAUCCAGAGUGGUGUAGAUAUGUGAACAGAGAGCUUAGUGGUGGCACGGGCAUGUCCCCUGGCGCCUAUGGAGGGUACUAUGACGACCAGGAGGGAAAUCCUCGUGAUGAUGAGGAAGAGUUUGCUUUCCACUGGGCGGGCAUGGAUGCAGCUGAUCCACGAGACCUGGCGAAGCGCGAUUGGUCCAACCAGGGCUUCGGAAAAUCUCAGAGCAGAUGGGGGUGA